AUGGCUAUUGAAGAUACCACAGCAAACGAGCAGCAUUCCCACGGCUUCAAUCGAGCAAUUCACUCCGGAUCACCACCAUCAUAUGAAGAAAAAAUGUACCUACCUAGUUAUGAGAAAGCUAUAAGCGACCUUGUUCCCGGUUUUCCAGCUUAUGUUUUCCAACUCGAGGCAGUCAUCAAGUUCAUGUGUUCGCUGGGGGACUAUCUAGUUGAGCAAGCCCUCCGAUUGGAAGAAGAUGUCUUGGAUUUGGAUAAAGAAGUAGAGCAGAAUUUGAUUCACGGUUGUGCUAUUCAUCCAAAAACGCGUGAAAUAUUUACAAUCUACAUCCAGUCACAAAGGAUCCAUCUAUGUUUGGCAGGUUUACGUUGGUCGAGGAUAGUGGAAAGAUGUGAAGAUAUUGAGUGGGGUGUUGAGAGGGUAGAGCGGACAGAAUACGAGACGGAUGAGGAAAACCCAUCGCAAAUUAUGGGAAGUAGAGUUUAA